AUGUCAAAUCUACUAUGGGUCCCACGACUCAUGCUUAGAGUGCUAGGCCCUAAGCGGCGGUCCACAGGCACAGACUCCUUCUUCUCCCGCUCACAUCCCGAAACAACCCAGCAACCAGCCCCCUCUUCCACUACCAUCCACCACCACCACAACUACAGCACGCUAAACCCCCUCGCUGGUAACCCCAACCCCGCUGCAGAUGGGCUGGGCCGCUAUGGUGCCGACAGCCUGCCCUCACAAACAAACGGGGAGGAAUAUGAGCGACUUCGGCGGAAUUUUCGGGCGUGGUUGUGCGUGUUUGUGAUUGUGAUGUGCCUAUGUGUGGUGAAUAUCGUGGUGUUGGAUGUGAUGUGGGCCAAGAAGGGCGGGUUUGGAAGGUCAACGAAUUCGACGGAGGUGGCAUUGCAGAUGAUGGGGAGUAAAAGUAGUCCUAGUAGCGCGAAGAAUGCAACAAGUUCGUCUCCGAAGUUUGGCGGGGCUAUUGGGUAG